GAAAUAAGUGGGUGUGUGAUUGCCGGCUUUUGUGGAUCAAAGAAUGGAAUGAAGAUUUGACUAAUAGAUUGAAGAAGAAUAAAUUAAAAAACUUCAGUUAUGAGUUCAUGUGUUCAUCACCACUCAUUUUCAAAUCAAAUAUGCUGAGUCAAUUGACUAAGCAAGAUUUAUCUUGGCCUAAAGAAGAUUGCCCAACUCGUAUUUGUGAAUGUUCAUGUGUUCCUUACCAAGACGAGGGAUAUGCGUAUGUAAAUUGCUCUUCGAACAGACUGAGCCGGAUUCCAAGUAGAUUUCCAGAAUUGACGAUUGAACUAAAUCUUCGAGAAAACAUGCUAUCUAAUCCAAUCGAACUCAACCUUCAUCCAACGUCCAAGCUACGUACCUUGAAUCUGGAACGCAACUUUAUUUCACAAUUGGACUUUACACUUCCGAAUAACGUAGAGACUCUUCUACUGGCAGAAAACAAUAUCACAAGAUUCUACAAUAAUCCGCCGUCUAAAGUCCAGACUUUCACUCUGUCUCAUAAUCCAUGGCAGUGUGAUUGUGAUACUCUGCCUUUCAGAAAGUGGAUGCUGGCAGAAAGUUCUAAAAUUUUAGAUGUAAACGAGACACGAUGCAGCUUUGAAGAAGACAGAGAGAAUAUGAGAGGGAGAGUAAUAAUUACUCUAAGUGAAAUCGAGCUUUGUCCUAAACUAAUACGGAACUAUAUCUUAAUGGGGGUAGGUGGUGCGGUGAUUCUAAUGAUGACAGUGGCCUCCAUUUUGUUGUAUUUCCGAUAUCGAUAUCAUUUAAAAGUGUGGCUCUAUUCGAGAGAAUGGAGAUGUUUCAAGAAACGAGACAAAAGAGAUGACGGAAAACUAUUCGAUGCUUAUAUUUCGUUCACUGAUGAAGACGCUGCUAGGGUCCGAAAACACUUUCUGCCAGAACUGGAAGAGAAACAUCCAUUUUAUAAAUUAUUUGUCCCCCAGAGAGACCUCAAAGCUGGAAAUUUCGAAAUAAACAAUCUAAUGGAACGAGUGGUGGAUAGCAAACGAAUCGUCAUUUUGCUCACUAAGCGCUAUCUGAGAAACGAGUUCUGCAUGGAGAUACUUAGAGUGGCAUUUGCGAAUUCACUGGAGGAGAAAUCGCAUCGGAUCAUCCUUGUGAAAUUUGGACCCUUUCCUCCCAUGAAAGAGAUGGAUCAGAGUCUGAAGAUAGUGAUGGAAUCUUCAAGGUGUCUCAAGUUCAGAGAGAAGUUAUUCUGGGAAAUGUUGCGAUACGAAAUGCCUGAAAAAAGACCGAAUAUUGAUGAUUAUGAACUGCUAGAUGACCAACCUAACGAUGUGCCUUUGAUACAAGAAUUCUAGAUGUGUCGGGAAGUUCUAGUUUUAUAAAUCUAACCUUUUUUGGACCUAUAUUUUUAUUUUUUAUAACUGAAAAUUGCAGUUGGUAAGAAACAUUGUAAUUAAUGUACAGUCAGAAAAAAUUAAACACUAUGGAAUACGUUUUAAAUUUUUUCAAUUUUGAUUGUAACUCAAAGAAGCUCACAUGAGAUAGAUGCUAUUUAAUUCAUGGAAGCUAUAGACGCAAUCAUAUUAACUAUUCAGAAUGUUUUGGCCUAUUUUCUCCUUUUUGCUGAAAAUUAUCACUCAAAAUA